AGCAUACCUGGCUCUCAACCUCCUGCCACUACCCAGUGGAUAGCUUCCACCACCCACCCACUGAUGAAAUCCACACAUAUGAGUUCUUUAAUCAGUGACAGCAGCAGCAUAGCAUUUUCACCUACAACCUAUCCCUUGAUCAAGACCACUGUGGAAACCUCUUCAGCACCUCCCGGUCCUGCCAUCACGUGGAGCUCCAGCACCCCAUUCACAGGUUCCACCUCUCCUCUCUCCGCUACCAGCAUGUCCCCGCCAACCACAGCAUCUUCAGCUUCCCCUAUAAGGACGCAGACUCCAGCAAGGACCACAGCCUCAUUGAGGACUGACAGUGGGAGGAGCACAGCAACAUCGCUACCCACCGCAACCUCCCAGAUCCGUCUCACCUCCACCCCCAGCAUGUCCACAGGCAGCCAGUCAGCAGUUGGCCCAGUCCCUAUCCAGCCCGGGAAAGGCGUUUCCCUCUUCCCCUAUGGGCGAAGCGCUGGUGACCUGGAGUUUGUCAAGAGAAUGGAGGACUUCACCUCACUGCUCUUCAAGCCCCAGAUCGGCUUUCCCCUCGGCUCCUCUCUCCGGGAUUCCCUCUAUUUCACAGAUAAUGGCCAGAUUGUUUUCCCGGAGUCAGACUACCAGAUUUUCUCCUACCCCUACCCACCCCUAAGAGGCUUCACAGGCCGGGACCCUGUGGCUCUGGUGGCUCCGUUCUGGGAUGAUGCUGAUUUCUCUAGUGGCCGAGGAACCACAUUUUACCAGGAAUAUGAGACACUCCAUGGCGGAGAUAACCCACUAGUUCUGCAGGUGGAGUCUUGGAUUAAAAAGUUCACAAACACCUGGCACUACAAAGCCAGGUGGACCUUGAAGGUCACAUGGGUCAAUGCCCCUGCCUAUCCUGCAGAGUGGACCUUCGGGACGAAUACCUACCAGGCCAUCCUCUCCACGGAUGGGAGCAGGUCCUAUGCCCUGUUUCUCUACCAGAGCGGUGGUAUGCAGUGGGACUCAACCCGGCGCCCAGGCACCUCGGUCCUCAUGGGCUUCUCCAGUGGAGACGGGUAUUUCGAAAACAGUCCACUGAUGUCCCAGCCAUUGUGGGAGAAGUAUCGUCCGGACCGAUUCCUGAAUUCCAACUUAGGCCUCCGGGGGCUGCAGGUGCACAGGCUACACAGGGAGGAAAGGCCCAACUACCGCCUCAAGUGCCUGCAGUGGUUGAAGAGCCCACCUCAGUGGCCCACAUGGGGAAGGAGCCAGAACUUCUGCCCUUGCUCCUGGCAGCAGGGACGAUGGGACUUACGAUUCCAGCCCAUCAGCAUAGGCUGGUGGGGCCAGAAUAGCAGGCAGCUGUGCAGCUUAUCCUCCUGGCGGGGAGGUGUGUGCUGCAGCUACGGGCGCUGGGGAGAGUUUCGUGAAGGCUGGAGAAUGCAGAAUCCUUGGCAGUUUGACCGGGAACUGGAGCCGCAGAACUGGUGCUGCCGCUGGAAUGAUAAGCCCUACCUCUGCGCCCUGUACCAGCAGAGGCAGCCGCCCAUCAGCUGUGCUGGGUACCGGCCACCACGGCCUGCCUGGAUGUUUGGGGACCCUCAUAUCACUACCAUGGAUGGCACCAAUUAUACCUUCAAUGGGCUGGGGGACUUCUUGCUGGUCCGGGCCUGGGACCAAAACUCCUCCUUCCUGCUGGAGGGCCGCACUGCCCAGACAGGCUCAGCCCAGGCCACCAACUUCAUUGCCUUUGCAGCUCAAUACAACUUCAGCAGCCUGGGCUCUAUCACAGUUCAAUGGCUCCUCGAGGCCCAUGACACUAUCCGUGUUCUGCUCAAUAACCAGACUGUGACAUUUGAGACAAAGUAUGAAAAUGGAGAAGGCUGGGAGAUAUUCAAUGCCACCGGCAUCCUCCUGACCCGCAAUGGCUCCCUGGUCUCAGCCAGCUUCGAUGGGAUGGCAGCCAUCUCAGUGACUGCUCUCUCCAGCAUCCUCCAUGCCUCUACCAGCCUCCCGGAAGAGUAUAAAAACCACACGGAGGGUCUCUUGGGGGUCUGGAAUGACAACCCAGAAGACGACUUCAGGAUGCCCAAUGGGUCUACCUUACCCCCAAAUAGCUCAGAGGAGAUACUUUUUCACUAUGGAAUGACCUGGAAAAUCAAUGGAACAAGCCUCUUUGGCGAGAAGAAUGACCACCUGGCUUCCAACUUCACCCCUGUCUUCUUUUCCCAACUGGUGGGAAAUAGCUCCUCAGACAAAAAUUUGGUUCCCAGCUGUAACGGAGAUAGGCAAUGUAUCUAUGACACCCUGGCUACGCGUAACGAAAGCACUGGGCUUCAUACGAUGAUGCUCUUUAGAAGAUACCAGGAGAUAAACAGCACCCUCAAUCAGAACCCACCCUCUAUCCAUGGUUCUCAAGUGAUCGAAGCCUACCAGGGGAGGACGGUGCAGUGUCAGUACACCAGCAACGAUAAGGAUGCCGUGUUCUUGCUUGAAAACAACUCUGAUGAUGUUAAGCUUUUUGAGAAUGGGACAUUGCUAUGGACACCAAAGUCCCCAGCACCAUUCACUCUGGAGAUUCUAGCAAGAAACGCCAAGGUUGGCUUGUCAUCUGUAUUCCAGCCCAAGACUGUGGUCUGCUUUUGCAGAACCAAGAGCCAGUGCUUAUAUAACGAGACCAGCAGGGUGGGCAAUUCCUCCCUGGAGAUGGCUGGCUGCAAGUGUGACAAGGAUACCUUUGGCCACUACUGUGAACGCUCCAAGGACCUCUGUGAGGAGCAAUGCUUCCCGGAGGUCAAAUGCACUAGUGGGGUAGGCUGUGAGGCUUGCCCCCCCCACCUCACUGGGGAUGGGCGCCAUUGUGCAGCUCUGGAGAACUCUAUCCUCUGUCAGAACCAGUCUUGUCCUGUGAAUUACUGCUACAACCACGGCCACUGCUACAUCUCCCACACUCUAGGCUGCCAGCCUGCGUGCACCUGCCCCCCAGCCUUCACUGACAGUCGCUGCUUGGUGGCUGGGAACGACUUUGCUCCAACCGCGAGUUCAGAGCUACCCUUAAGAGUCAUCCAGCUCUCACUCAUGGAAGAUGAAAAUGCCUUUGAAGCAGAGGUUAAUGCCUCGGUGGCAUACAGACUAGAGACCCUGGAGGUGCGGGCCUUUCUCCAGAACAGCCGAGUGGAAAGAAUCAACUCCUCAGCACCAGCCUUGGGAAGCUCCAUUCAUCGUUGGAUUGUCAUGUCAAAGUUCCAGUACCGUCCUGGGGGCCCUGUCAUUGACUUCCUAAAUAACCAGCUGCUGGACUCGGUGGUGGAGGUGUUCUUACGGCAGGUUCCCAGGAGAAGGGAGAAGAGGAAUGCGGAGCCCAGGAACAACGUGGUCUUCUACCCCAUCUCCAAGGAAGAUGUGCAUGAUGUGACGGCUCUGAACAUAAGCACACUGAAAACUUACUUCAACUGCAGUGGCUAUAAGGGCUACCGCCUGUCCUACAGUCCCAAGCGCGGCCUCACCUGCGUGUCGCCGUGCAACGAGGGCUUCUGCGCUCACGGAGGCCAGUGCCAGCACCUGCUGGCUGGGCCGCGCUGCAGCUGCGUGUCCUUCUCCAUCUACACCGCCUGGGGCGAGCGCUGCGAGCAUCUGAGCGUGAAACUCGGCGCGUUCUUCGGGAUCCUCUUCGGGGCCCUGAGCGCCCUCUUCCUGCUGGGGGUCGCGGUUUUUGUGGGCCUGCGCUUCUGGGGCUGCUCCGGGACCAAGUAUGACUACCGUCUGGACUCGGAAAGCUGAGGCCUCGCGCGCAAGAGACGCCUGUGACCUAGGAUACCUCAGAACCCAUGCCAGCAUCACUGCACACUUGAGACAAAAGGGGAAAGUGACUGGUGAUGACCCGGAUUCUUCAAGGAGAAUGAAUAAUGGGAAUAAGGAUAAUGCUACUCCGCGUCAGUAGGCACAGGAAGAGGC